GCUGAGCUGAAAGGCGUUGCGAAACACCGCACCUUCGACCCAUACUUGUGGGUUUGUACGCUACUGUAGCUGCUGAAGAAGUACCGCCCUUGUAGUUCCUACUUGCGCCACCCAGAUUGCGCCUUGGGUUCUGACAAUGCUCAUUCCAGCAUAUGUCUGUGUUUGAUGCGCGUCUUCUUCUUCUCUUUUUGUAGUUUCGCCCCAAAGCGAUUCACUCUCUUCCAAUCUUUGUUUCUGGUUGGAUCACUUAGUGAACCAUGAGAAAUUACACCUUACUGUGUGCUUUCAUGGUACUUGCUGUCACUUGCUCUCUUCACUUUCAUGCUCAGGCUGCCCCUGCUGGACCAUUGAUUAAGCAUAUUUCUUCGUUUCUCAAAUGGACGAGGUCUACCUCUAAGACGCCUCAGUCAGAUGGCAAUGUUCUUCAGUUCGAGAAUGGUUACGUUGUUGAGACUGUGGUGGAAGGAAACGAGAUUGGGGUCAUUCCUUAUAGGAUUCGUGUUUCCGAGGAUGGCGAACUCUUUGCUGUUGAUUCAAUAAAUAGCAACAUUGUCCGAAUUACUCCGCCGUUGUCCCAGUAUAGUAGAGGAAGGCUGGUGGCUGGGUCAUUUCAGGGUUACACUGGACAUGUUGAUGGGAAACCAAGUGAUGCUCGUUUUAAUCAUCCCAGAGGCAUCACCAUGGAUGAUAAAGGGAAUGUUUAUGUUGCAGAUACCCAGAAUCUGGCCAUCAGAAAGAUUGGAGAUACUGGUGUGACAACCAUUGCUGGAGGGAAGUCCAAUGUAGUAGGCUACAGAGAUGGCCCAAGUGAGGAUGCUAAGUUCUCAAAUGAUUUUGACGUGGUUUAUGUUAGGCCAACUUGCUCCUUGUUGGUCAUUGAUAGAGGAAAUGCUGCCCUUCGGCAAAUAUCCCUCAACCAGGAGGAUUGUGAUUAUCAGUAUAGUUCAAUUUCAACCACAGAUAUUCUUACAGUUGUCGGUGCUGUCAUAAUAGGAUAUGCCACAUGCAUCCUGCAGCAAGGUUUUUGCUCCUCUUUCUUCUCCAAGACGCAACGGUUAGAAGGAGAAUUCAAAGGCCAAGCAAACAAAGAAAAACCUAUGUCCAUAUUAGGGAGUGGUAAAGACGAGCCAGGAUGGCCAUCUUUUGGACAGCUUAUCGUUGAUCUUUCUAAGCUUUCCCUUGAAACAUUGGUUAAUACAUUCUUUCAAUUCAUACCUUCACGUUUCCGAUCUGAUGGCCCUGAGAGAGGCCUAACACCGUUAAAAGAUGGUCUUCAGAUGCCUGAAGACGAAACAGAGUCCCCAUUGGUAGGUAGGCAGAGUGCUGCUCCUCCUAUUAUUGAGAAUAGACAGUUCCAUACGCCAAACACAGCUGAGAUAUAUUCAGAAUUGAAGCCCCACAAAGUGAAAUCAAGCAGUUUCAAGGAUCCCUCCUUAUCCAGCAAGCACCGAUCGUCAAAACGACAGGAAUAUGCUGAGUUCUAUGGAUCAAGUGAGAUUCCACCUUACAUCAAAUCCAAGAGCCAAAAAGAAAGAUCUAGACAUCGGCAACGAGAGAAGAGCGGAGAAGUGGUUUAUGGGGCAGUUGGAGCGGAGGCAAAACCUGUUGAGAUGAAAGCAGCUGAUUAUGACAAUCAAAAGUUUGAUCAUUAUAAUUUGAGGACUAAGUACAUACCUGGGGAGUCCUUCCGUUUCAACCCUCAGUAAUAGGUGCUACAUAUUUUUGGUGCCCUGGUAUUGUGUUCUCCGUGACAUUAAAUAUGUGCUGUAAAGCAUAGGAUUCUGCAACUGAUUUUGUAUUAUGGAGCAUAUAUUCUGCAAUCUGCACUUAACUAA